AUGACAGAAAAGAACGCUACAUCAAUAAAACGGCUUGCAAAGCUUGUAAAAAACCCCAAUGCCAAAGUCAUAUUCAUGGUGGGGGCGGGGAUCUCAACAUCCUGCGGGAUUCCGGACUUCAGGUCGCCUGGUACUGGCCUGUAUGACAACCUAGCGAAGCUCAACCUGCCAUUUGCAGAAGCUGUUUUUGAUAUAGAUUUCUUCGAGAAAAAUCCUGAGCCAUUCUAUACUUUGGCUAAGGAAUUGUACCCCGGCAACUACGAACCCUCAAAUUUCCAUUACUUGAUGCGGCUAUUCCAGGACAAAGGCAAAUUGCACAGGGUCUACACACAAAACAUUGAUACUUUAGAGAGGGCUGCUGGGAUUCUUCCGGACAACUUAGUGGAGGCCCAUGGAUCCUUUGCCAAAAACCAUUGCAUCAAAUGUCACAAAGUGUUUGUCCAGGAAAUUUUCGAACAGGCUAUCAACGAGGACAAGGAAUUCUUAAAAUGUGUUCAUUGCAAUGGUCUUAUCAAACCUCAGAUAGUAUUUUUUGGAGAAAACUUGCCCUCCCUUUUUUUUUCUAGCUGGGAUGAUGAUUGUGCUAAACUGGGCGAAGAUCAUAUUGUAAUCGUAGCGGGUACCUCAUUAGCAGUUUAUCCGUUUGCAUCAUUGCCGACUGAAGUUCCCAAAAUUACCAAUAGGUCAUUGAUAAAUUUACAGCGAGUGGGGGACUUUAAGAAUAAUCCCAGAAAAUCUGACGUGAUCUAUUUAGGAUCUUCCGACCAUGCGGCAGAGCAACUGGCUGCGGAACUGGGGUGGCUUGAUGAUCUAAAAAUCCUGACAAAUAUGACUACAAUAAAGCUUCAGGAGGAUGAAAACCGUGAGACUUGUUUUACACACGAGGAUAAAGAUCUAAAACUAGAUAAGGUGGCAGACGUGCUUGAGAAAUUGAAGUUAGAUGAGCGUGAACCAGAGGAAAAGGCUGGCAGUGAAAAGGGCGAAAAGGAGAAAGAACUGGAGGUGCAAAAGGAGAGAGAUUAG